GGAACACCAGCCAGCACCGGUCCUGUCACAGCAGCCAGGUCUUUUUGAAAAGAGCGCAGACCCAGCGCGGCGAUGAAUUUGGUCCCUCUGGAGACGCCGUCCCGGCGCCCGCCUCGCUCGAGUCACGUGACCGAGGCUGUCGGUGAAGGAGGAAGCGUUUUGCUGCGGGGUCCAGGGCUGGGGCUGACAGCGGGCGGGAUGGAGGCGACUUUGGAGCAGCAUUUGGAGGACACAAUGAAGAAUCCAUCCAUUGUUGGAGUCCUGUGCACAGACUCACAAGGACUUAAUCUGGGCUGCCGUGGUACCCUAUCGGAUGAGCAUGCUGGAGUGAUAUCUGUUCUAGCCCAGCAGGCAGCUAAGCUAACCUCUGACCCCACUGACAUCCCUGUGGUAUGCUUAGAAUCAGACAAUGGGAACAUUAUGAUCCAGAAACAUGAUGGCAUCACAGUGGCAGUACACAAAAUGGCCUCUUGACAUCUCAUGUCAGCUCUCCAGCAGCCUGUCACACUUAAUGACCUGAACCUGUGUCACAUAAUUUGUAAAACUAUUAAAGCUCCAGAAGUUAGGUCAUUCACUUAAUGUCCAGUGUGGACUUUCUUAUUUAUAUGACUACCAGUUACCAAGAUGCUAGUUAGAAAGGACCAUACUUGUUUUGUUUGGGCUUUUGUCAGUUUGCUCUUUGGUUGACAGCCACUGCAAUCCAAUAUUGCAGCUCAUUGUUGCCUAGAGCUGUGUAGCCCAGGCUGACCUCAGAUUUGUGGUCCCUGCUUCAAACUCCUGUGUCCUGGGGUUGUAGGCAUUUGUCACCAAGACCCAAUUCACUGUAUAUAGAACUCUGUUGUGGUCAAUAAAUCUAUCUGUUCAGAGGAAAGUUUGGCUCAUUUUUGGUUCUUUAA